AUGCCCAUUCCCCCCAAAAUCCUCUCUCUUCUCCGACAGCCACAACACAACGUCCAUCUGCGCGUCCUCAAACGCCAAAUGUCCGACGACGCCGUCACUCUGCCCGAGCUCGAUUUCGACUUGUUCAACUCGUUCCCACUCGCGCAAACCCACAUCGACAGGAACAACUUUGGAAGUGUCGUCUACUCGUCCUACUACCGCGACAAGAGAUUCCUGCGCUUGCAUUUCCUCGUGCCAUACUACCCAGCCCACGAGGGCACGGGCAAGGAGGAAUGGAUGAGGCGAAAGAUGGCCGUGGCGACCUCUGCGAUGGGAUCCCUGCCAAACCUCGCGUCCAUCUACGCGACCGACUAUCAGGGACAACUCCCCUCGCUCAUCCCGACCAUAAUCAACCUACACGCUCCGACACUGCAGGUGCUCAAGCUGCACAGCCUCCCUGUUUUCACCUUCACCCGACCCAAGGGACUGUUGUAUCUGAACACAGACCAAAUACAGCUCAUGGCAACGCAUUUGACAUCGCUCACGCAUCUGGAAAUGGACAUUCCCGCGUUUGGCCCGACCCAGGGUGACGACGACGAUCUUGCCGUCACGCCAUUUUCGUCUCCCACUCCCACAACCACGGCAUUGUCAACAUUGAUCCAGUCCAUAUCCACAAUACGGACGAUCAGACUCUGGAUCGAGGUUCCUACCGAGAAAUCCUGCUUCCAAGACAAAUAUCCCUCCAUGGGGACGAACCCGCCGCCGCUGAAACAGGAUCAACUGUGCCAGGCGGUCGCAAACUUGUAUGCGCUGCUGAUGGAGCGUGCAGAAGGAGAAACACAGACCAAGAUAUUGGACUAUCUAGAGGUUGCUUUCACUCGGUUGGACACGUGGGACCGACAGGGCGCUUACCCGAGAUUCUUGCCCGUCAAAUUGAUUCCCUCGGUCUCCAAAGCUGAUGAUGACCGACAAGGAGGUAAUGGUCCGAAUGAGGGACUGCAAGGAGGGUUCACCAUUGAGCUGGGCGAGUGGCAGAACGACUACGCAGAGGAAGACAUCCAAGACUUCAUCAGCCACACUGUUGGGUUCAUCCAUUAG